GUUAAACGUACCAAACUGGCUGCUAUUCCACGUGACAAUUUUAGACCAAUCACAGUGGGAGAAAUAUGCCCCAUUUUGGAUCGCGGAAUCAACUCAGCUUUCGAAGUGUCUUUUGAAGGAUUCCCUCCAGCUAGUUUUCACAUCGUUUUCUUUAUGCUAUUUUGUUUCUUCGCUUACUUUGGAAUUUUUAUGUAUAACAGUCCAACAAUCACAGUGGCUGCUCCUUGGUGGUAAAACACUGUAUCUGUGCAGGAAUGGAAGAAGAAAUUUCACCUGCAGCUGUGUCAACUGAGGCUGCAGUGGACUCUAUAUCCAGUGAUUCGAAUAGUGAAUGUUCUGAUGUGAAUAAGGCUGAGAAAGAGAAACAAUUACUUGCAGGAAACGAUGAGCAUUGUGUUAGUUUAGAUGAUGUAGCAAGGCAAACAGGGGAAUGUCGCUUAGAAGAUGAGGAUGUUGUCGCUGAAGGAAAAAAAGAAAGCGCUGAAAAUGAAACUCUUGUCGAAAAGGAAUUUAUAUCACCGCAAUCUCCUCGUCACUCCUCUGCUAGUGAAAAUGAUAGUGACAAGGAUGAGGAAACUGUUGUUGCUGAGAAACAAAGUACCUCUGAGGAACCCAGGGAUGCAGGUGUUUGCCCUUCUAAAGACUUCUCAACUAAAACUGAUAGCAGAAAACAUGCCCCUCAAGAUGUCGCAGUUGUUGUUAGUCUUAGGAUCGAUCAACCCAAAAAAAAGGAAAAUCUUGGCAAUCCAGGAAGCCCUGAUCCCUGGGAUACUUGGAGAGCUCUGAAUCAAGCAAAAAACCAAGAGACUGCUGAGGAAAGUGACAGUAGCAUUUCUAGUGACGAUGACAGCAGUGACUUUGCCGAUGAUGAGAGUAAAGACAGUGAUAUAGAUGAUGACUCACAAGAAAGUGGGCACCAUCUUGACAGCAAUGAUAGUGCCCUGCUCCAUCAAAAUAAAGAUAAUGAACAAGUCUGUAUAGACGAUAAUGACAAGAGGAAUGUGGAAAAAGAAACUGAUAUCAUUGAUUGUGACAAUAAAGACAGUGUCAGUGAAGGACAGUGUGACAAACAGGAAAGUAAUGACAACUUAGAUAUUCCUGCACAUAGCGAUAUUAUUGAUCUUGAUAAAAAUGUUGAUGACCAUAAAGACAAUAUUCAAGGUGACGAUAAAAACAGUACUGAUAAAUCUGAUCAUAAAGAAACUGUUGAUGAGAAGUGUGAUAUUAGCAAACAGACUGAAAGUGAGGAGAUUGACAAUGCUGCUUUGACAGCUCUUGCUACGACAGAUCCUUCAAUAGGUGCCUCUAUCACAACAGAUGAUAAAAUUACCCAUGCAGAUGAGGAUGUUGCCAUGGCAUCACCUUCAUCUGAAAAAAUCCGGUCAAACAAAACAAUGCAUCAUCUUGAGGUGCAUGGCGAAGAAGCGGCAGAGUUGGAUUACGACGAGGAGGUGGCCGAAGAUCAUCAGCCGGCGCAGGAGCCGCACAAAAUAGAAGAGGAGCAUGCAAUGAAUGUUGGUAAAGACACUCCAAAGAAAAAGAGUGAUAAAGAGGAUGAUAAAAAUGUUGAGGAAUGCCCAAAAGAGGAUGGUAAAGAAGGCAGUGAGGUUGAUGAUGAUGAAGAUGACGGGGAAGUAAAAGAUGAUGAUGAAGAUGAAGGAGAAGAUAAUGGGGAAAUAGUAGAUGAAGAUGAUUUAGAGGAAGGUGAACUAAAAGAUCCUGUCGGUAGAAGACCCCAAGUACGCCCAAUAUGUAGAUUUUUCAACAAAGGGCAUUGUACGUGGGGAGCUUCAUGUCGGUUCAUCCACCCCGGAAUUAACGAUAAAGGUAACUAUACAUUGAUCCCAGAUAAGAACAAACGUCAGAUGAACCAGGGUUCAUUCGGUGGUGGAAAUGGUCCAUGGGGUUUUGGCCAGGGCCAAGAUGAGGAAGCCUUUGUUUUACCCCCUCCACCUCCUGAGGAACCAGUAGUUGAGUCUGCAUGGGAAAGAGGGCUGAGACAUGCAAAGGAGCUUAAAAAUAAAGCAAACAAGAGGAAAGAACAAGGUACUGACUUUGAGGAAAAGCGUACGCCGGUGAAUUACGGCGAAGAGAGAGAAAAUGAUAAAGAAAAUGAAUACCAUCAACGAGGGAGAUAUGGCAGAGGUGAUGAGUACUACCCGGGCUAUGAAUAUUAUGACGAGUCGUCACAAUACUGGCAAGGAGGACAGUAUGAAAACUUUAGUGUCCGAUGGAUUAGAGAGCCUGAACAACAACAACAACAGCCUCCUCCUCCUCUGCCACCACCCCCUGCAUACGAUCAUUAUAGGGAUAGGCAGCAUGACAGAGAAAGAGAUCGUGAAAGGGAAAGGGAGCGGGAAAGAAGGGAAAGAGACAGACAACCGAGAAAGCGUUUCUCACAGUCUCCCAAUGUGAGGAGGAGGGAAAAGCUACGAGAUAAUCGAGAUGCACGAGAACCUAGGGAAUCGAGAGAUUCAAGGGAUUCUAGAGAUUCAAGAGUGGAUUAUAACAGAAAUAGUCGAAAUCAACGAGAUGACAGGGCGCCCAUUCCACCUGCAACCUCAGCAGCAGCGCCUUCUGCACCCAGGCGUGCUGAUGAAUGGACCGAUCCAUGGAGAAGAUCAAAGUCACCCAAAAAACCACUUGCAACACCAAGAAGAUCUCGUUCUCGCGGUAGGAGGAGACGGCGAUCUUCAUACUCAUCGUAUUCAUCCAGGUCGUCCUAUUCUUCAUCAUACUCGUCUGGAUCUCGGUCGAGAUCGUCAUCUUACUCUUCAUAUUCAAGCCGCUCAAGCCGAUCCAGAUCGUCUUCAGGUAGUUCAUUCCGCAGCGACUCAUACUCACGUUCAAGUUCUCGCUCUCCGUCUCGCACACCUUCGCCGGCGAGGAAAAGCAGACCGCCAGUAUCAAAGCCAGCUUCGAAGAGUGGACCCGCCGGCAAGCCACCUGCCAAGCGGCUACCUUCUCCUGCUGCUGCUAAGUCACCAGCUACAAAACAGCCGACUACGAAACAACCACCUCCGAAGCAACCGCCUGCUAAGCAACUGCCUGCGAAGCAACCACCUGCUAAACAGCCUCCUGCUAAGCAGACCCCUGUAAAGCAGCAACCUACCAAGCCAGCAAUUAAACAACCCAGCAGGCCUCCGCUGCCGCCUUCACCAUUAUCAUCAUCAUCAACAAAACUAAAGCCUCAGAUUAAAGCAAGCGACAAUAAGCAGCCAGCUUCUGCAAAGAGGACUGCCCAGCCCGCAAAGAAGCCGGUUGCAGUCGUAAAACCUAAGCAGGCAGUGCGGCCUCCCAGCCCCAAAAAGCCGCCACAACGGAAAUCCCGUAGUCGAAGUUAUAGUAGUUACAGCAGCCGUAGUCGAAGCAGAAGCAGCAGCUAUAGCAGUUACAGUUCCAGUUACUCUCGUACACCGUCGCACAGUAGGUCGAGGUCUCGUUCGAGGUCACGAUCUCGGUCUCGCAGUAUAAGUAUUAGCAGUGUGUCAUCUGUGUCCAGUGUGUCAUCAGUCAGCUCGAAUGCAAGUGCUGAUUCAGAACAUAUGUACGCCGAUCUAGCUAGUCCAGUCUCGUCGGCAAGUUCUGAGAGAGCAACACCUCCUCCAGCCAAAAAAGAAGCCAAGAGUGGUAAAGACCAAGCCGUGAAACCUAAAGUACCGUCAGUGCCGUCGCCGGCGCAAACUCGGCCUGUGCCUCCUAAAGCUAAACCAGCGACGAAGAAACCGUCUAGCAAAUCCGUUACGCAGAAAUCACUGAAGCCUGCAAGGCCUGUGAAGUCUUUACCACCAGCUACCAGGCCGGGUAAACCGCCCGAACCAAAAGGGAAGCCAAAGGAGGACAAGGUAACCGAAGCACCACGCGUAACCAAACCCCCAGCGACAUCCAGUACUGCUGCACCAACAAGUCGCACCGCUAAUCCAUUGAAAAUCAGUGCACAUAAAGAUAUUAAACUGACCCUCCUUAAAAAGCCAGUGGCAGAGAAACCAACAACAACAUCUGCUGCAUCAUCCACUGCAUCUAAAAAACGAUUUGCAGGUAGCAAUGACGAAGCCCCUCCUCUGAAGAAAGUGCGACCCUCACCAGCCGUAAAACCUGCCGGGUCAUCGUCGUCAUCCUCUUCUUCAUCAGACAAAGAGCGUAAAACUAUUACAAAGCCCGCAGCUGCAGCCAAGAAGCCUACCAAAGAAGUAACUAAACCGACAGUAACCAAGCCCAACCAGCCGGUCACCAAAACGGUGAAACCUACCAGCGAGAAGAAAACCGCUUUGCCAGCACCCAAAGCUUUAGCAAAGCCCGCCACUCCACCAGUCGUUAAAGCAGGUGCUGCCCCUGCUACCAAACCAAAGACUGCAUCACGUCGAGAGGAACUGUUGAAACAGUUACGGGCAGUGGAAGACGCCAUUGCAAGGAAGAGAGCCAAGAUGCAAUAGCAAAUUGAAAUAUUGUGAAAAUAAUUCCCCCAACUUGAUACUGCCAAUUGUCAUCUUUUGUGGCUGUGAUAACAAAAUAAAAAUUCAGAUGCUAUUUGUCC